AUGAAGGCUCCAAACUGGACUAGCACAUUUAACUUCAGCUCUGUUGAGGCUUUGAAUAUUUUGGCAUUUUCUAGAGAGUCGGCUCUAGGAAAUACGGCCAAUAAAACCGAAGACCUGGUGGGGAGCAUUGGCUUUGGCAUUGCGCUUUGUUUUAGAAGUAAAAUAAACGCAAUUUUAAAAGCAGGUCGAAGCAAUUCUAUCUUGGAAGCCCUCCUCAGUCCUAACAUACGGUUACUCUUUGUUGUUGGUCAAGUGGACUGA